GACGUCUCAGCCUCGCACAAGAUCAUAACGUGCUCGAGCAAGGGCUCGGCCAACGAGAUGGGCUGUCGAGUCAGCUGGCAGCAGGCCUCGCCGAGAUCCGAGCGACGAGUGCGCAUCCAGACGCAGAUCACCCUCGUGCCAUCGGGCAAGUACGACGCGAUCGAGCUCGGCAUUAACGACCUCGGCGAUGAGAAAAUCAAGAACAACGUCAGUGCGCUGUGAGGCAGGCUAUACGAGGAAAGCGCCCAUCGACGGAGAAUACGAGUGAUGAUUUUCGUUCAACGCCACCCUCGCCUAUAUACGCGCUUGUAUGCGCUAACGAAGUGUUAUUUUUACGAAAAGCGCGCAACGGAGAUGUGAAACGAAUUGCACGCGCGUGAGUGUAUACAGUCCCUUCGAAACUGAUAUGGCCCGCGCUCCUCGGAGCGCGGGUUGUGUAUACAGGAAAAUAUAAUCAUCGUUUCGCGAUUCAUCGAUAAUUAUCGCUGUGGGUACAACAUGUGCGCGCGUACGGGAUUCAUCGAGGCGCGAGGAAUGAUCGGAGCAAGCUCAUCAUGGAAAAUCCGAGCCAGAUCGUCCGAGCACAUCAGUCACAAUGCGAGGCGUCGCUACGAUCGUGCUCUUCGUGGCGCUCGCCACUAUUUCUAGCUCGAGCCUCGCGCCCGACGAGGGUUUAACCAAAACUCUGGAGAAGGUCUUGAUGGACGACAAGUUCGCCAUCACCGUGGACCACGUGAAAUCCCGUAAGAAGCCGACCAACUCCAUCGAGACGUUCUUCGCCGCGGAGUCCUUCAACGCCAAGUCGAAACUCGUCGCCAUGAUCGACAGGCGAUCGAAGCGAAUAAUCCUGGAGACGGUCCAGGACAACCAGCCGCGUCGCGAACACAUCGUCGCCGACAGUCUGGACAUAUCCGAGCCCUUCAGGAACCUCGUCCUUAUCGUGGACCAGCGAGCCCAGAAGGUCCAGGUCUACGUCGACUGCAAGCUGCAGGGCGAGAUCGCGCUGAGGAGGAGCCUCAAACAAAUGGCUCAACACGCCGGUGAUCUGCCCCUCGAAGUGUUCCGGGAGCGCAGAUACAGGACGAGGAUUUAUGGAAGCGGCGAGAUCGAGCAGGCUCUGCACCGCGAGGACUGCCCCAGCACGACGCUCUACGACCUCGAGGUGCCGGAGGACUCGCGCCAACUGCACGGCAACCAGAGCACGAGGGUCAGGAGGAGGGGCGAUAUUCCCGGCGACAUUCCCGCCCUCGUCGAUCCCAACGGCUGCUACACGGACGAGCUCAUGGCCAAGACGCUGAAUCAGCUCAUCGACGCGAUCAGGAAGAUGUGGACCAAGCUCGAUCUGAACCUGCUCGAGACCAAGCGCAUCCGGGAGCUGCUGGAGAACUGCGCGGCCUGCCAGGAGAAACCGACACCGCCACCGCCGCCUCCACGAAGCUGUCGGUACAACUCGCCGUGCUUCCCGAACGCCGAGUGCCGUGACACCCCCAGCGGUCCCCAGUGUCUGCGCUGUCCCUCUGGCUAUUACGGCGACGGGCGCAAUUGCCGCAGAUAUCCCGGCUGCAGCGACGGCCCCUGCUUCGAGGGCGUCGACUGCAUGGACACCGCCACCGGAUUCACCUGCGGCCCGUGUCCGCGCGGCUACACCGGCAACGGGCAGCACUGCGAGCGCAUCAACGCCUGCCAGCCGAAUCCCUGCUUCCCGAACGUACCCUGCAAUCCGACCCACGUGCCGCCGUACUUCCGAUGCGGCCACUGUCCUGCCGGAUAUCACGGCAACGGAGUCAGCUGCAGCCGCGAGGACGAGUGCGAUCUUGCCAAGCCCUGCUGGCAGGGAGUCAGGUGCCACAAGUACGAGAGCGGAUACAGAUGCGACCCCUGCCCCGAAGGCAUGAGCGGCAACAGCUCCUCGGGACGCGGCGUCGAGUACGCCCUGACGCACAAGCAGUUCUGCUACAAGAUCGACCCUUGCAGCGACAACAACGGCGGCUGCGUCGAGAACUCGGACUGCAUCAACUCCGAGGGGACAGCUAGAUGUGGCGCGUGCAAAGCCGGUUUUGUCGGCGAUCAGACGGUAGGCUGCCAUCCCAGUCACGAAGUCUGUCCGGAUGGAGUCAUGAGAUGCGACCGACACGCCGACUGUAUCUGCGUCGCAGUCAACCAGUAUUCCUGCAGGUGCAACGUCGGCUGGGCCGGCGACGGUCUGAUCUGCGGCGUAGACUCGGACAGCGACGGCUACCCCGACGAGCGGCUCAACUGCCAAGACCUGCGUUGCCGAGCCGACAACUGCCCGAAGACGCCCAACAGCGGCCAGGAAGAUGCCGACGGCGACGGCAUGGGAAACGCCUGCGACGAGGACGCCGACAACGACGGAGUGCUCAAUCUGUCGGACAACUGUCCUCUGCUGGCCAACAGCGACCAGGCGGACAGCGACCAAGAGGGUCCCGACGACGUAGGGGACGUCUGCGACAACUGUCCCUACGUGAAGAACAGAGAUCAGCACGACACUGACGGAGACGGCAUCGGCGACGCCUGCGACAACGACAUGGACAACGAUGGUGUGCCGAACAACGAGGACAACUGCGCGAAGACCUGGAACGAGGACCAGCAAGACACCGACCACGACGGCAUCGGCGACGUCUGCGACAACUGCCCGCGCCAGCACAAUCCCGACCAGGCCGACGAGGACGGCGAUCGCGUGGGCGACGUCUGCGACAACAACCACGACCGGGACAAGGACGGCAUCCAGGACGACAUCGACAACUGCAAGAACGAUCCGAAUCCCAGUCAGACCGACUCGGACAACGACGGCAUCGGCGACGAGUGCGACGAGGACGCCGACAACGACGACCGGCUCAACCACGAGGACAACUGCCCCUACGUGCACAAUCCCGAUCAGGCGGAUCUCAAUGGUGACGGAAUCGGCGACGCUUGCUUCGAUGACAACGAUAACGAUAAGGUCGGAAACCUCAUCGACAUCUGCCCGAACAACAGCCGAGUCUGGGCUACAGAUUUCCGAAAAUACGACACCAUCGCUCUUGACCCCUACGGCAAGACCCAAGAAGAUCCAAUCUGGGAGAUUCACCAUAAUGGCUCCGAAAUUUAUCAGACGAUGAAUAGCGAUCCUGGAAUUGCCGUCGGCUUGGACAGCUUCAGCGGCGUCGAUUUCGAGGGUACGUUCUUCGUCAACACGGAUAUCGACGACGAUUACGUGGGCUUCGUCUUCUCCUAUCAAAACACUCGGCAGUUCUACACGGUCAUGUGGAAAAAGGUGCUGCAGACAUACUGGGAGCCGAAACCCUUCCGGGCCGUCGCUGAAACUGGCAUCCAAUUGAAGCUCGUCGACUCCAAGACCGGACCCGGUGAAAUCAUGCGCAACAGCCUCUGGCAUACGGGCAACACGCGCGAUCAGGUGAAACUGCUGUGGAAGGAUCCGCGAAAGGUCGGCUGGAAGCAGUACACGUCCUACAGGUGGCGAUUGAUUCACAGGCCGAGGAUCGGUUUGAUCCGUCUCUGGAUCUACGAAGGCCAGAGGCUCAUCGCCGACUCUGGCAAUAACUUUGACUCGACCCUCAAAGGCGGCAGACUCGGAGUCUUCGCUUUCUCCCAGCAAAUGGUGCUCUGGUCGAAUCUCAAGUACACGUGUAAAGAGACCGUGCCUUACGAGGUGUAUCGGACGCUGCCCCCGAACAUACAGCCACUCGUCCACACCGACUACAAUCGUCCGUGAAAAUAAUCCACGUCGAUGAGCCGCCAAGGCACAGCGUCGACAAAGUCUCAUUCUCUGUAUAGCGACGGAUCGUUGUCCACAGGUAUAAUUGUUGUUAAGCCUUAACGCAGUUUUCUUCUCGGCAGCGCUGAGACGCCGAUUCGCACGCGACGACCACACAUACACUUUUUCGAAGAGACACAAAGAGGAAAAGCGCUCGCUCGCUAUUAUUAUAUAGGGACAAUCACGAUGUGGAAGCUGCGGAGAGAGAGAGAGAGGAUUUUCGAGGAGAGAACCGAGCGGAUCUACAUAUAAGAAACAAUGGACUGUAGGACUCGUGUGCGUGUGUGGACGAUAAAGAGAGAGAGAUGAAUCAUAUCAACGCAACUUUUUUCACAGAUCAUUAUGUAUAUUUUCUAAAAACAAGUCGACUUUAUUCGAAGAUUAAAUGAAAGAUGCGACGAGAAUUCAUAUAAAAGAAAAAGACAAUGAGUAUAUGCGACGCUUUUUUUCUCUUGUAAAAUAAAUAAAAGAACGUAAAUACAGAAGUAUACAUAACGCUAAGAUACUUAAAUCAUGCAUCAUGACUAUACAUUCGAAGAAUUGUUUUCAAGUAUCGCUCGAAAUCGUUACAAUAUUGACCUCAUCUCUAGACUUUCUUUCUCGAGACGAGUACACGCAGUAUGAUAAAGAAAAAUAAAGUUAGACAUAGUACAACUAAAAGUAGGAAACAGAAGUGGUAUGCGAUAAUAGGCGAAUCUUAACGCAGGAAUAAUCCAUAAAAGAAGAGACUAUGCAGUGUAUAUAGCAUUCGUCGGUGUCGCGUUCGCGCGCAAUAUAGCGAAUAUUACACAGUGUCCAACGAUCGGCGUUAGACGCAAGAAUUAUAUAUGUAUAACUACGUUUUCAUAAUCUUUAUUAUUCUUUUUCUUCUUCUUCAUUAUUGUUUAUCGCCUAGCUAAGAGUCUUCAUAACUGGCUACGCAUUGGAAUCGCAGUUAUUCGAAAUUGACGCAGACAGUCUUCUUGCAACGCUUUGCUUCCCUGACACAUUGCAUAGCUCAAAAAUAUCGAAAA